AAUAAUGUUUAAAGGUUUCAGUGAGAUUUGCCAUAUUUUAACCAAUUACAGAUUAUAUAUAUUUGUAAUGUUGCUUGUGAAUACAUCAGGAGCAUAAGUGUGUUUUACGACUAAAAAGGCAAUUUUACAUGUAGAUCGACCCGGAAGUCUUAGUUCUUUGGACAUAUCAAACAUAACUGACCAGUUGUAGUAGAUCUACUGAUGGCUGAAUGAAUGCCUUCGGGCCAAGCAGUAUCAUCUACUGUUUCUUCGAGUUCAUUUGCAAGAGGGUGUAAUAUAGAAAAGUGCCACUUGUUACUAGAUACAAUUAAAGAAAAAGAUGGACGAAGAAUCCCGAAAUGAAGAUAUGUCAAGUGCUAAGAAAGAUAAAAGUGUACCGAAAGAGAAACCUACCACUGAUUUAAAAGCAGAGGCUGGAGCUUGUGGAGGUUACGAAGGUGAAUCGGAAAAGGAAGACAAGAAGCGUAAAGGUUACAGUCGAAGAAGACAUCAGUCUGAAGCAGAGUCUGCACAACGAGAUAAAAAUACUGAUCAGAGUCUUGGAGCGAGACCAAAAGAAAUUAAAUCAGGAACUUACUAUAACAGAAGGUAUGCUCGAAAAGGUUCUUUUGAUAGUAGAAUGCCAACAGGCUGUAAUCAGAAUGAAACCAAAUAUCAGAGAGACAAAUGUGUCUAUGUAAAAUAUGACAAAAAGCAUGUUGAAAAAUCUCAUACUGACUUGAAAGACAAACACGCAGAUUCUUAUAAAGGAAAUGCAAAGAGUGGCGAAGAUAAAACGCAGAAGAUAAAGUUUAAGGAUACCAGAUCACAGAGGAAUAAAGAAAACACUCCUAGAUAUGUUAAGCAAAAAUGUUUUGAUACAUAUUCAAGUAAAGGUGAGCUGCAUAAAACUACGGCAGGUCAUAUUGAUAACUGGUCAAAAGGAGACAAACGUAAAAAUACCAAAGCAAACAUUCAGACAAGUGUCGAGUCAGAUGAUAGAAAGAAUGCAAAUGUACAGAAGAAGCAGAUUUCGAGUAAAGUUGAUAACCAAGUAGGUACAGAACAACGAUUUGAGAAUGGAGGAAAAACGUUUCAAUCUAAAGGGCCGCUGAACCCGUCAGCGUCACAUAAACACCUGGCAAAAGAAACCUAUUUAUAUGUUGUUGUCAAUGAUAAAGUCCGCAACACAAGCAAUUUAAAAAACUUCUUGCUUCAUAGAAUGGGAAAUCCAAAAGCUCUUGACUUCGAAGUUACAGACACUUGUGGGAUCAGAAAGAGUGACUCAGAAAGUAGUAUAAUUUCAGUGAAAUUUGAAAGUUUUAACAAAGCGUCCGUAGCCAGACAUAUGCUAAACAGGAAUAACAAAAAUGCUGAACAUAAAAUACAGUGCUUCUUUGACAAGAGAGAAGCGGAAGGUCUAGAAGUUGACACAACAAAACAAAAAAAGGACGACCUAGAAAGGGCAUUUAUAAAAAUAGUGGAAUUAGCGAAAAAUGGUUUAGAUAAGCACAAUGAUAAAAUUCGUGAUGUCCGUGCAAGUCUUUCUGUUGUAGAAGAACGCAUUGGUAAAAAGCGCGGAGUCUCCUUUUACGAGUUUGAGAAAUUAUCAAAUGAAAAGCUUGCAUUUGAAGAUAAAUUGGAAGAGUUGGAGGGACAAAGAAAAGAGUUCACAAGAUAUUUACAGAGUAUGAAGUUGAAACUGAAUACGCUCAUUGACUGUGACAAGUUUGAACAUGAACUGAAAGAGAUAAGAAAAGCGUUUGGUGUUGAAUGUCAGCGGCUGGCGGCUGCACUACCGAUGUACGCAAGGCGAGAAGACAUAUUAACAAUCAUCAAAGAUAAUCAGGUGUGUGUGAUACUCGGUGAGACUGGGUCGGGAAAGUCUACACAGAUGGUCCAGUAUAUAUAUCAGGCUGGGUUUGCAGCUGACGGACUUAUUGCGUGUACUCAACCCAGAAAGAUUGCUGCUGUCAGUCUUGCGAUACAUGUAUCCUCAGAACUUGCCUCAAGUGUUGGUCAGGUCGUUGGUUACAAAGUUGGAAUGCAGACAAAGAUGACAGCGGUAACGAAAGUAGUGUUUAUGACUGAUCAUAUAUUACUAAAUGAGUGUUUAAAGGAUCGAAUGUUAACACAGUACUCAUGCAUUCUUAUAGACGAAGCACAUGAGCGAAGUAUUCAUACCGACUUGCUUCUUGGUAUGCUGAAGGAAGCCUUAAACAGUAGACCAGAUCUUAGGGUUGUAAUAACUUCGGCAACGAUUGACCCAGAUAUCUUUGUGGAUUAUUUUGGCGGCUAUGAUCAUUGUCCUGUACUGAAGGUUUCUGGGAGAACAUUUCCUGUAGAUGUAUUCUGGGAACAAGAUGACUAUUUUGAUACCCCAUUUCCCGAAGAUUAUGAAAGAAAGGCGCUAAACAAAGCAAUUGAAAUCCACCAAUCUGAGAAGACCGAAGGUGACAUACUAGUAUUUUUAACAGCUGCUGUUGAGACAGAUAGGUGCACAGAAAAACUUAAGAAAAUGAUUGGAGAAGCAGAUGUUCAAUGCUUGCAGCUACACGGUAGGCUUAAAACGGAAGAACAACAGCUGGUUUUUGAGAAAACGCCGAGGGGGAAGCGAAAAAUUGUUUUUGCUACCAAUAGCGCUGAGACGUCAAUUACCAUUCCAGGUAUUAAGUUUGUUGUAGAUACUGGUGUUGUAAAAGAAAUGAGGUUUGAUCCGAAGAAAAACAUGAAUUCUCUGGAUGUGGUAUCAGUCAGCCAAAGCUCUGCUAAUCAGCGCAAAGGACGUGCAGGGAGGACUUCGUCAGGAAUUUGCUACAGGCUUUAUACAUUAGAAGACUACAAAAGAAUGGAUAGGGCGGCAAGCCCAGAAAUUCUUCGGAUACAGGUUUCACAAGCCAUGCUUAAAUUAAUGGAGCUUGGAGUAGAUCCAAUAAGUUUUGAUUACGUUCAAUCCCCAUCUCAGGCGGCCAUGAUAUCAGCUUUAGAUGAACUGAAAGAGAUCGGUGCAGUCGACGAUGCCGGUAUAUCUGAACUUGGCAAAUGGAUUGCUAAAUUGCCGGUUGAACCAAAACUUGGAGCUUUUAUAAAGAAGGGCGUAGAGAUGGAAAUCACUACAGAAGCUCUUGUAGUGGCAUCAUGUUGCAAUCAAAGCGGAAUAUUUUUCCGAGUUGGGACACAGGAAGAGAAAAAGGAAGCAGAUGCAAGAAAGAUGAAGUUUUGUCAUCUAGGUGGAGAUUUACUCACAAUGUUGAAUGUAUAUAGAGAAUGGGAUAAGGUACAAGAGAGAGCAAAAGGAAAAUGGUGUCAGACGAAUAGUAUAAACGGAAAAGCAAUGAAGGGUGUCAGGGACAUGAUGAAUGAGAUGAUCACUGUGCUGAAGAAGGAGUUGGAAUUAAAGAUAAAACAUGAGUUUAAAGAUCCACAAGAAGCAGAUAGUCGCGUACAAAAUCUCAUAUUUGAAUGCAUGACAUCGAAACUAGGUUACUACCUUGGACACGAAAGCGCAGGAUAUCUUAUUGUGAAUAGGCUUCAAAGAGUCCAGUUACACCCGUCUUCAGCAGUAUUAUCUCUAGGCUUCGAACCAAGCUGGGUCGUUUUUAACAGAGUCUUGAAAACUUCCGCAGAUUUUAUGACUGAAGUAACACCUGUGCUAGACGAUGUGGUCGAAGAUGCAAUCCAGAAAGGGAAAGUUUGUAUUGACAUGGAGUUACUUAUGAGUCUGAAAGUUAAACGUGUCCUAAAAAUGCCAGUAGGCAAGCAUGUGUUUUGGAAAUUUGUUGGACCGAUGCAUAAGAACAGACGAAAAGUAGAGGAAGACAUUAGAAUGGCAUGUGAUGGUUCCUUAAUUAUUGUAGAAGCAGAUAAACAACGUGGAGAAAUUAGUGUAUUUUGCACAGUCGAACAUGAAGAUCAGGCAUCUGCUAUGCUUCGCUCGAUAUUGGAGGCAGCGCCACAACAAUUACUCAACGAGUCACGCGAAGAACCCAUCGGUAAUGACAAAAGUAGUGUACGUGCUGUUCUACGCGAAGGCGGCUCAGCAGUUGAUAUACUUAUGCCGAAUGAUUAUAGAGUUUUGAACAUAAAACAGAAAGACAAUUCUAUGUAUGAUCUUGACGAAGAAAGCGUUCGAACAAUGCUUGAAGAAUAUGGACCAGUGGAACAGAUAUGGCAAACGACAGGUAAAAAGCAAAGCCAGAGCCCAUUCUGGGGUAAAGUGACAUUCACACAUAAGCUCGACGCUGAAGACGCUGUGGAAGAUAUAAACAAGGACGACGAAUGUGAGAUAAGAUUGAUACCAAUUUCGCACGAAUCUCAGACCUCUGCACCACAACAGGGUUUCACUAUGAAGCUGACAUGGUGUAGACGACCGGGAAAAGGUCAUUGUUUUGUAUAUUUAGAUCGACCAGAAGACAUGUCACAACUUUUACUGACACCACCAAUGAUAAACGGAACGUACGUUCAAGUUUCGCUUUCGAAACAACAGUCAGAUUUAUUCAUUAAAGGAUUAUCUCGAGAUGUGACCGAGGAUGAAGUAAAAGAUGGACUGGCUCGUGUCAUUGGACUUUCUCUUGACGAAUGCCGAGAUAGAUUUCGUGUAAUUAUUGCUCGACAUAUUGCACCUUGGAGUGUCGACCAAAGAUUCCACGUUCAGGAUGAACUUGCAACAAUAAUGUCAAGGUAUACACAACGAGAUUCAUUUCGUGUACAUGUUAGAGAAUAUAAGCAACAAACCGUCAUGUGCAUAGCAUUUGCAUCGUUUUCGGACCCUCAGGUAUGCUACGACACUGCGAAUGCAAUGACUGAUGAUGGUACAGACAUAGAUGGACAUCCUAUUGAUAUCACUUUAGAGUGCAAAGCAACGGUACAUGUAAACAGAAAACUGUAUAACAUAGUCGGACAGGAUGUAAAACGCCUUGUUGACAGAUAUGUCCACAAGAACUCGUCAACAACUUUAAAAAUAAGAGAUCUAAAGUCAGGUAACUUUUCAGUGGAUAUUAAAGCCAUAACACCACAGAAACUAGCAAAAGUAAAAGUUCAAGUUGAGACAGUUGUCGGCGGAGAUACGCUUGAAUGUGGAGAGAAGGAAAACAUGCAGUCUUUUUUCACUAAAGAUGGAAGGCAGCAGGCCCAGCGUAUAGAGAAGGCAACACGGACACUCAUCUUCGUUGACGAGAGGCAAAUGAAGAUAUCUAUUCAAGGGCUAGCUUUAGAUAGAGUUCAAGCCAUACAAAUGAUUGACGAUUAUAUUUCAAAAAAUGCAAAUGCCAUGGAAUCAGAAGUCCGUUUAAAAGGCGAAGAAAAUCCACCCGGACUAUUAAAAGCUCUGCUAGUAAAAUAUGGGUUGCGUUUUGAUGACCUGAAGAAAGACACUGGCAUUUCAAAAGUAUUUUUCAACCUACGUUCCCAUGAAAUUACUCUCACUGGAAAAGAAGAAGAUAUUAAGAAAGCACAAGACAAGAUUAAAGAAAUACGGGCAGAAUUGACUGCACGUGAAAAAGUACAAAUUCAAGAAGCAGAAUUACCAGACUGCCCAAUAUGUUUAUGUCCCGUUGAGGAGUCAGACAUGUGCCGACUUGAAUACUGCGGCCACGCGUACUGCAAAGUUUGUCUGGCGUCACAGAUCCAGGCUGCUGUGUCCGAUCGACAACUGCCUGUUGUAUGCGCCGUUGAAGACUGCAACAAGGCCCUAGUCAUAAGAGAUAUCAAUACACAGAUAAAGAUAGGUAACAUUAAGAGAAAAGCUCUUCUAGACGCCGCUGUGGCAUCGUUAGUUGUCAAGAACAGCGAGGAGUUUCACUACUGCAUCACUCCCGAUUGUGAAGUUGUUUAUCGAGUGACCACUAAUGGCGAGCUGUUUUAUUGCCCCGCCUGUCGCACUAAAAUCUGUACCAGCUGUCAUUCACAGUCGCAUGAAGGUCUUACAUGUGCCAUGUAUAAGAGCGCAAAAAGAGAUGGUGAAUCUAUCGUGAAGUGGCUGAGAGUAGAUCCGACCAAUCGGAAAUUAUGCCCAAAAUGUGGGAUUGGAAUCGAAAAGUCAGCUGGAUGUGACCAUAUGGAAUGCAAAUGUGGAGCACACAUAUGUUGGAAAUGUCUAGAGUAUUUUUCAAGUAGUGGUGGUUGCUAUGGUCAUCUAAGUCGUGCUCAUGACAGUUUCGUUUAAGUACAUUGUUUGAAAAAGGCCCAAACUUGUAACAGGUCUUUAUACUGUUUUCUUCCUUUUCGGAAUGGUUGUUAUAUCUGAACUUAUACUAUUGUUAAGUUAUUUUCAUGACUAUACAAUCAUGUUUUUGGAGCUAGUGUAGUAAUAUGCACUUAUUUAAAACUGCGGCCAUGCCUACUGCAAAGUUUGUCUGGCGUCACAGAUCCAGGCUGCUGUGUCCGAUCGACAACUUCCUGUUGUAUUCGCCGUUGAAGACUGCAACAAGGCCCUAGUCAUAAGAGAUAUCAAUACACAGAUAAAAAUAUGUAACAUUAAGAGAAAAGCUUUUCUAGACGCCGCUGUGGCAUCGUUAGUUGUCAAGAACAGCGAGGAGUUUCACUACUGCAUCACUCCCGAUUGUGAAGUUGUUUAUCGAGUGACCACUAAUGGCGAGCUGUUUUAUUGCCCCGCCUGUCGCACUAAAAUCUGUACCAGCUGUCAUUCACAGUCGCAUGAUC